AACUGUCGCACUGUGCAACGCCCGCCGCAUUGACUUUGCGACUCGCCAAGUGACAAGUCGUACGCUCAUUGAUAUAUAUUCCCUUAGGGCAUGUACAUUUUUUCUAGUUACAGCAUGUACUGACACAUUCUUUACAUAGAUGGCUUGCGAAAGUGAAGGGGCGAUUGCAGAGGAGCGCAAGGUCCUGCGAAGUCGUAUUGCAGACUUAGAAAAAGAACUCAACGCGCUCGAGCGUGGUCCAAGAGCCCGGGGGAACCGGCUCAGGAAAAGAGAGAUUCAAGGCAAUCUCCUCCAGUUGCAAACGAAGUUCAACUCGUUUGCACCAAUAUCCCGACUCCCUGUUGAACUGUUUACUAUGAUCCUCAUGAUCUGCCGAUCUUUCUCUUCGGAAACCGAAGAAUAUCCGUACCUUCGGGAGCGAGACUAUGGCCACGAGACCGUGAUCCACAUUACACACACUUGUCGCGCCUGGCGGAAUCUGGCGCUGUCCUACCCAAGUGUAUGGACAGUCAUCCACUCGGACAACCCUGCCUACAUAAAGGCUUGCAUCAAGCGUUCAGGAAAGCUCCCGCUUUCAGUAGAUUAUGACUCUCACCCGCACACCUCUCGAGAGUUUUGGAAUCCCACCGUGAUCGAACGGGCAUUGCGUGUGGUGUCGAAAGGGCUGCCUCGUAUUUGCCGCUUGAAGAUUUCAUGUCUUUCCGACUGGUGUUUCGACGUCUUUGACCUUGAAGAACAAACGAAGUUGUCGCUACCCCUUCUGGAAUCAUUGGAGCUGAAUUUACCAAACGACACACCAUAUUGGAUCUCAUCAUACUCGCUCACUCGGUGGUUUCUCUCCCAUACUCUUCCUAGUUUGAAGCGUCUAUAUGUCGCGGACUUGGGAUUCGAGUGGUGGAAGCCCCAAGGCAUUCCUGUCCACCUCACGGACCUAACGAUUAAAAUGCACGACUACGAACAAGGCAGCGCACAUGACCGCUGUUCAAUGGCGGAAGUGCUUGCAUCUCUUCGUCAACUUCCAGCUCUCCAACACCUCGAUCUCGAACAGGCGCUACCGGAUUACCCGCAAGGUGACGAUUGGCCGGAGCUGAAAGUCCCUGAGGAAUCACAACGAGUACUUCUGCCCCAUCUAAAAGCACUGAGGUUGGUGUCCAUUCUACUGGGCUCCGUCCACCUCCUUAAUCAUCUCAAAAUCCCGUCAACAGCAGUAGUCUCACUUAUGGGUGAGGUGGAGGAAGCAUGGAUGGAACCUACUAUCAUCUCUCCGUAUCUCAUGCCCGUACUCACAGGAAAGAGCACGAUUGAGAUGCAUGCCCCUAUUCUCGCAUUUGGAAUCGAACCAUGUCGUGAAGGUCCGACGGAAGUAUCCUUCAACGCCCAUAGGACCCUUCUUCCCUUGGAGACUCUUCGCGAGUUUACUACGCUGCAGAACUUUGAUCUCACCGUCUGGCCUGUGAGCAAAGUCUUGCCCAGCAUAAUGCAAUUUUGUUACGGUUUUCACGAUGCGUUGAGAACCGUGCAGACAUUAUGGCUUGGAAGUGUCCAUCCGUUGACCGUGGAGGAUUUUCUCACAAUGUUCCGACAUCUCAAGGACCUGAGGACGCUGGAACUCAAUGAAUUCAACGUGAAGAUACUUCCUGAACUCUUGAUGUCUCCAGACACCAACAGCACCUCCGAUAAGGGUAACCUUGUUUUCCCUCAUUUGACGACAGUGGAAAUAUCUUGGUUCACGUUCAAGGGGCAGGAUCAUGGAGGCAUAGCAGAAGACGCUUUCUGGAAGGAGCUCAUCGAUGCACUCAAACGUCGUAAAGAGCGUGGAUUUGGCAUUCGGAAGCUUAUCUUUCGCGAUUGCACGAACAUCGGGGAGGGCGACGGAAAGUUUGUGCAAUCUUUGUUUCCGUCAAUCGUGGAGGAUGCCCGGAUAGAGUGGUCGGGUAAAGUCGAUUCCGUUGCACAUCUUCUAGGGGAUUGGGAAGAAUCAGAUUGUUAUACCUCUGACUCUGACGAGUUUAUGAGUCUUUCAGACGAGGAUCUUGACGACUCGGAUGUCGAGGAUGACAGCGAAGAUGAUAUUCUCGAGGCCCAAAAUCCCGACCCGUAGUUCGCAACACUGGCAAUGUGAGGAUUAGGCAUAGGGAAUCUGCUUUCGGCGUGGAUCUACGAACUUGUAGACGACUUCCUAAGGUUGUUGAAAUUUGCGUGCUCUUACAUUUGCUCUCCUUAAAGCGAGCUGUCGAACUUUGUAUUUGUCAAAUCGGAAGGGAAGGCGUAACUUACAAGCAGAGCUCGAGACGAGACACUCGCAUUGUACAAUCUCACGAAUUACUCUCUACUAGAAGUCCGCCUAUGUUUAACGGGCAAGCAUCUCAUGAACAGUUCGCCACGGUGAUAUCUUGGAAAACUCCACCUAACAAGGCAGUCAUACAGGUCAAUUUAAUGUACAGUAUGUCGGACAUCUGAGGUUGGAAUGGUAUUCAUCAUGAUCAGAGGAAGCAAGAUUUUACAUGAAUGCAUCUAUGUUCACCUGCAAGCAAAAGACCCUAGGCCAAUGUCCUUAAGCAAGUUGGCGCCCUGCCACACUCCUCCGCAUCCAACAUCACUAAUCUUCCGAGUCAAGUGAAACAUCAGAGCCGCAUAUUACUACGGGUCCGCGAAUGAAGGGUUCCUCAUAGUCACCCAACACAUCAUCCAUGUAAUCCACAAUAUCUUCUUCAUCCUCACAUCCACAACCACAAGACCGGAAGUACCCCUCCUCAAUCAAGCCUUCAGAUUUCAAAGCUUCGAUAUCUGCCUUGCUUACAUUUAAACAGUCACGGAAAACCAAAUAUUUGAGCCC